CAUUAAACUUUCAUCAUGUAAAUCAUGUUUGCUAUGCCUAAAUCAUGAUGCAUGCUUUGAAAUCAUCAGGAGUAGAUCAUAGAUGGAUAGAUCCAGUGCUAUGAUUGCUUUGCUAGCUUAGGCUCGCCCCUUAAUGUUCUACAUUACUUCUAGUAGGUACAGGUCAAGGCACAGGUUCAAGUGUGUGCCAGAGUGAGAAUUGCAAAAGCUAUGAAUUUCAUUAUUUUAUCCUAUCACGCCUACAUAGAGUAAGACAAUCAAUCACACUCACACUGGUCUUCAUCUGAAUCAAUGGUUUUCCCUCGGGUUUUCCUAACAACUGUCCUUUUUAUCAUCUCGAUUUUUAGCCAUGAAGUUAUAGGAUGUUCUACGGACAUUAACUGGACUUUCGAUGUUUUUGUAUGGAAUGCAGACUAUCAUCAUGGCUCUAGAUCUCUCGUGUCUAAUUGUUCGUCACCUUUGUCGGCAAACGUCACCAUCCCCUAUCUUCAAGAUGCACUUGAAUGUGUGUCUGAUCUACCUUCAGAAUUUGCUGCAGUAAGAGUACAUUUAGCUGUGUCUAAAAAAUUUACCUUAUUGAGGCCCAUUUCUCUUGGCAAUCGCUCUAUUUGCAUCACAGCUAGUUCUAUGUCUGACACCCCAAAAUCCUCUGGGAAACCUACUAUCCAUUGUGUGGAUCAUGAAUCACCAAGUGAAGCAGAGGAGCAGUAUCCCCUCAAGCAUUAUCUCUUUUUUGAUAGAAGUAAAAAAGUUGAGAUAAUCUCUGUUGUCUUUGAAGCCUGUCGUCAUCCACUCAGUUUUGAUUCUGCCAGAAACGUUGUCAUUGAGGAUUCGGCAUUUAGGCACUUCAAAGAUGCUGUCCUUGACAUUUAUAACUGUGAAACAGUCACAAUAUCUGGCUGUAUGUUUUAUGACAAUGUUGGUAUGGGGAGCAAUGAAUUACCAUAUCGUGGUAAUACAGGCUCUGUUUCUAUUGGUUACAAUGAUAUGGACACAGGCUAUAAUAAUCCUAAGAUAAUUGUGAGGGACACACAUUUUGUCAAUAACUCAGCUUACCAUUACAGAGGAACUAGUAAAGCAUUUUUUAGAGGAAUAUUUCAAGGUAGGGCCGGAGGAUUGGGCAUCUUUAUCAACGAGAGCUAUCACAAUGUGAGCAUAUUGGUGAAGAAUUGCAAAUUUAUCAAUAAUCAAGCUGUAGCAUUUGGUGGUGGGCUGUAUUUUAUAUACAAUGGUCGCAAUUCUUACCAUACCGGAAUCGUAGAGGAUUCAGAUUUUAUUGACAAUGUUGCAUUCCUUGGAGGUGGUGGAUUUAUUAGUUCUAUUAUAUCCAGCGGUCUCAAAGAAGCUCCACACUUAGUUAAAUUUACAAAUUGCUCCUUUCAAAAUAAUAUGGGCGAUUCUGGUGGUGGUAUGUACUUUUAUGUUAUAUUUAGUGGAGGAAAAGGAAAUAGCUUGGAAUUGAAUGAGUGUGCAUUUAUUGCCAACAGAGGCGUAAAUAGAGAAAGUGAGUUUGGUGCUGCCAUAGCUGCUUCUAUUUAUGAUAAGUUUGAAGAGAAAGACUCCUUCCCAUAUCAUAGCAUCAGUGAUUGUGUAUUCAUUAACAAUACAGGCACUAAUGGAAUUGUAAGUCUUGGGUAUCUUCCUUUUAGUCUUUCUGGCAGGAAUGUCUUCUCUGGUAAUAUUGGAUCAGCUUUAAGAGUUGUUGGAGCUCAACUGACUAUGAGUGGUGAGCAACUCUUUAUAGGAAACUCUGCAGAAGCUGGAGGUGCACUGUAUCUUUUGUCCUCUGCUCAAAUAAGAAUAUCUGAAGAUUUGCAGAUGCUGUUUGAUGGAAACUCAGGCAGAUAUGGAUCUGCUAUAUUUGUAGAUACUUACAUCAGGGCAAAGGCAUUUACUCACCUACAGGACAAUCCACUUUGCUUUAUAGUACCCAACUUCAAAAACUACUCUCCUUCCGAAUGGGGUGAUAAAGGAAUUAAUAUUACAUUCACACGAAACAAGGCACUAUUUGGAUCAGCUAUUUAUGCUUCUCGUCUGUCAGCUUGUUCAUGGAUAGGUAGUCAACCACCAUAUUUUGAUAUAAAUUACUUCACUCAAUGGCCUAUUUUUCAUGUCAGAGAUGAUAAUAUCAAUACUGGAUACUCUGACAAUUCCUUUAAUUUGUCAAUUAUUACAGCAGCCAAUGAUAUUGACAUUGAAACAACAGCAUUUUCUGGUUGGCCUGGGCAGAGUCACGAGUUGAGACUGAAAGCUAUUGAUGAGUUAGGUAAUCCCACUGGUUCAACUUUUAGCCUUACAUAUGAACAAAUUAUGAAGAAUAAUUUUAUUGAUGAUGUGAGUAUCAAUCCUAACAUUUUCUUGAUAACUGAAGAGCCAUUUGUUGCUAAUGUUACAUUUUAUUAUAACAAGACGUUACCAGGAAACUACAGUAUUGGUAGUAUAGCAGUCUCUGCUGAUAGUGCAUCUAAAGUUAGUGAUAUUCCUUUUAAUAUCGUUGAUUGUCCAAUUGGUUGGUCAUUGACGUCCGAUCAUAAUUUAAACUACUGUCAAUGUGAUAUGAAUCAAGACCAAGUUCUUGCCUGUGAGAAGGAUCAAGAUGCUAUUGUGAUUAAAUCUCAUAUGUGGGCUACUCACGUGUACAAUCAGACACCGAAUCUUUUCUUAUAUGAGUGUCCUCCUGGUUACUGCCAGUGUUUUUUUAAUACGAGUCUGGGAGAAUCACAGUGUGCUUACUCUUACUCUAACUCUUAUCCUGAUAAACAAUGUGCCUGUGGCCGCACAGGUAUCCUGUGUGGCAGUUGUCCUAGUGGAAAAGGAGUGAGUGUAUUGUUUAACAAAUGUAUAACGUGUAGCCAUCAAUACGUUUACUUGAUACUAGCAUUGGUAAUUGUUGAUGUAUUAAUACUUCUCUUCAUUGUGGCUGUUGACAAACCAUUUCCAUCCUUUUUGUAUCCAUUUUUAUUUUACAUUCAAAUUGCUCCACUGGCUACGCAGCAGUUUCCCUUAUCAUUUCAGAAGCACAGUGUUUAUCUUUAUUACCUAUCCAGUUUUAUGGGUUUAUACUUUCCAUAUGAUUUUUGUAUUGAUGCUGAAUUGUCUGUAUCAAAUUCCUACCUACUUCGGUUCCUUCCACUACUAGUAUCAGUUGUUGUUAUAUCUUUUAUUAUUGUCGUAAGGUCAUAUAUUGCUGGUAAGUUAUGCUUCAAUAGGUGCAGACCUGGUGUGUUAAAGUUUCAUGGUUUGUGGCUUGCACUAUUACUUGUUUAUCCUCAGACUGCUUAUGCUGCUAUGAGUGUACUGAAUUGUCCUUAUGUUCCUCAAAAUGGUCAUGUAUGGUAUUUUGAUGGUUCUUUGUUGUGCUUUCAAAAAGAUCACUUAUUUGUGGCUAUUCCUGCCGUAAUUAUUGCUAUUCUAUUGGCUAUUAUUUCUAUUUUACUUCUUAUAUUGGCUAUACUGACUUGCAAAAAUCAACAAAUGCUUGGUUGGCUUCAUAGAAUUAAAUCUUCAUUUGGAGAGCCAUUUACAGAAAAUUUGUCAUGGUGGUCAGUAGUGGAAAUUAACAGAAGGCUACUAUUUCUUAUAGUAAUUAUCAUACCUAAUAACACUACGUAUUUGACCUUACUUAUCAUGUGCACAAUGACUUUAUAUGGCUAUGUCAGGCCAUACAAGGCACUGCUAACAAAUGCUAUUGAAGUGAUCGUCCAGCUAAUCUUCAUUCUUCUUUUAUCAAUGCAAACUAGUUCAUUCUUUAAUGAAACCUUCUCUUACAACGCAACUAAUAUUACCAGUGAUAGCAUUCAAUGUGAUUUUGCUUCUCUUGACAGAGAUACUGCCACUUCUGAGUAUUUUCUUUUAGUGUGGUAUUAUAUGCCUCUAAUUGUCCUUUUGUUAGGAAUGCCUGUCAUAUUUCUUACCGUAAGAGUUAUAGGCCGUUUAAGAAACAAGAGAAGAAGUCAAAGAAAUACUUUGACAGAAACAAGUAUGAGAGAAUAUGGUGCUACUCAAAAUUGGGAAUUCAUAAAAAGUGGUGACCGUUAUCAUUUUGUAAGUGUGGAACUGUAAUACUUAAGACAGUAUUAUUUAAUUGUUUCUAUUAUUAGUCUGUUAAUUGUAUUUAAUUUUGUGUUUUUGAAGUAACUUUGCUAUCUUAUUAGUAUUGAUGAUCACUGUUUUCAGUAUUAAAAUAUUUUUAUGAGCAUUAGACAUGUUUUUUCUCUGCA